AAGUGAUCGUUAUUCCAAUGGGAUUGGCAUUGGUUCGGCCGUAUCUGGCAAAAGAUCGGUCCAAGUUAAAGCGAUUAAGUCCCGACAGGGAAUGGAGGUGGGCGUUGUUGCAUUUAGAAGCUGCAUAUCGUAGUGAUCAGAAACGAUGUAACGAUUUCGAUCAGUGGUUGAAGGCUCACUUCGAACAAGCCGACCUCAACAAUGACGGAUGUGUCAGCUACCACGAAUGUAUCGAACUUUUCCGACAGAUGAGCUGCGAUCUGCCAAAGAAGGGCCUCCGGCAUCAUUUUAAUGACGUGAGUGGGUACCCUGUUGAACUAUGGAACAGAGGAGAACGGGUACUGGAUAAGAAGAGAUUUGUUGCUCUCUUCAACUCGAUCCAGCUACGGCCCGAACUUCAUAGCCUCUUCGACAAGUACAAAAUCACUGGAAGUGACUUUAUAGGCCCCAAAGAACUGCAGCUUUUCUUGAGGUGUGACCAGCUGGAAGAACACUCACUUGAGGAAUGCCAAGCCCUGAUUAUGUUGUUUACUCAAGACUCCUACAAGGGUUGGGGCUAUGGAGAUAAGCUGACCAUGCGUGGAUUCGAGGCAUUUCUUCUCUCAGAUCUGCAGGAUAUCUUCGAUUACGAGCACCUUUCCAUAUGUCAGGACAUGUCACGUCCUCUGAACGAAUACUUCAUUGCCUCAUCGCACAACACGUAUCUCUUACAGCAUCAGCUUAUCGGUCCUUCAAGCGUAACGGCCUACAUCAACGCACUAAACAAAGGCUGUCGAUGUCUUGAAUUGGAUGUUUGGAAUGGACCAAAUUGUGAUCCAAUAAUAUAUCAUGGCCGCACACUCACCUCGAAAAUUUUACUAAAGGAUGUCCUUCAAACGAUCAAGGUCCACGCCUUCGUCACUAAUCAGUGCCCGAUUAUCCUGUCAAUUGAAAACCAUUGCAAUGCAGAGAACGAGGCCAACAUGACAAAGCAUCUCUUCAAUAUCUUUGGAGAAAGGUUGUGCACCGAUCUCGUUGAUGAUGAUACGACCAGACUUCCAUCCCCAGAACAGCUCAAGGGCAAGAUUCUAAUUAAGGCAAAGCGAAGGAAUGAGCAACCGUCUGAAAGUAUUCAUCAUAAUAACUCAGGGCCCAAUCUGACUCAUACUUCAUCAACGAAGACUCUGAAAGUCUACAGGGACGUCAUACAGAUCGCAAAAUCAACGCGAAAGAAACUUAAUGAAGAUGACGAAAAUGCCUCAUUUGCACGAACGACACUUAAGGGGUACAGGCGAGGCUCGAGCGCAUCUACGGUGUCAUCGCCAAUAGUGCGUAGCUCAGUCAGCCCUGUGGCGUCUCCCAAGACGAUCGUAGCUCGCCAACUCUCUGAUGUCCUGAAUUAUUGUGUCGCGACAAAACUGAAAUCAUUUUCAGAUGCGGAAAACUGGCGUUUCAACCAAAUGGCAUCAUUUAGUGAAACGCAUUGUGAAGAGAUGUUGGCAGACGCUAAAACUACACAGGCAUUGGCGAACUUCGCUCGGACGCAUCUAACUAGAGUCUAUCCAAAACCAACCAGGGUUCAUUCGACGAACUUUGACCCCACCCCACUAUUCAAUGUUGGCUGUCAGAUGGUGGCCCUCAACUACCAGACAUCUGACAAGAACCAAUUCUACAACUUAUCCAUGUUCGCCCAAAAUGGGAACUGUGGUUACGUUCUUAAGCCACGAAUCCUUCGUGACGGGUUUAUUUUUGCCCAACCGGACCCAGACUUGCGCCGCCUUCUGACUCUAACGAUUAUCAGUGGACAAUAUAUGCCUGCUAGAGGCGAGGUGACCGAUCCUUACGUCGAAAUCAAAAUAAUCGGACAUCCAUUGGACGAAAACUGUGGUCGGACCUCCUUCGUCAGCAAUAACGGUUUCAAUCCAAUCUGGAAUCAGACGUUCCAGUUUCUGGUGAAUGUUCCAGAUCUGGCUCAACUUGUGUUUGUUGUCAUGUCCGAUUCGCGGGUGGGCAAAAAUGGACGACUCGGCGAAUACGCAAUCCCGCUAACAGCGAUGCGAGAAGGCUAUCGCCAUGUACAUCUAAGAAACUUGUUAUUUAGGAACAUUGUGCCCUCUACGCUGUUUGUGCAUGUAAGCCUGCAAAGGGCAUAACUGCCUCAACUCGUACAAAGCAAAAAUAGUAUAACAUUCAGUAAAGUUUAUCAGAUGGCGUAACUCAGACCUGGUCAAUCUAUGAUUCAUUUAGAGAGAGUUAAAGAGCUUUCAAUUUUAUAUUUAAGAGAACACUGUUUUCCGUCAUUUUUAAUGUUGCAGUUUUUAUAAUAUUUACACGGCUGUGACACGUAAUGAGCACACUCUCCAUUCUUGUUGACUAAAAAUAGCCUAAUAGCUCAAUUUCAGGUCAACCUUGAGUCGUUGAUACUAAUUGAUAUACAAUCUUCGUCUGUUAUAUGGAAGAGAGAAGAGAAUCCUUCUUAUGAUUGUUUGAAAUGCUUUUAACCAGAAGAAAAAUGUGGACAGAAGAACAACUUUAU